AAGUUGGCAAGGCCGAACUAUUGCGCCGUUUCGCAGACGAUUCAUUUAAUCCAUCAUUUACUCCAUCUUUUAAAUCUGCAAUCGGGAUCGAAUUUAAAACUCGAACCAUUGAACUAGAUGGUAAACGAAUUAAACUCCAGAUAUGGGAUACUGCAGGUCAAGAGCGUUUUCGUACAAUUACUACAGCUUAUUACCGUGGUGCUACGGGCAUACUUUUGGUACAUGAUGUUACCAAUGAACGGUCUUUUAACAGUAUCCUUAAUAGCGAAUUGGAUAUAAGGAAUUGGAUUUCGAAUAUAGAUCAACAUGCUAAUGAGGGAGUUAAUAAAAUCCUUAUUGGAAAUAAAUUUGAUUGGGUUGAAAAAAGGGCAGUUACUAAGGAACAAGGUCAAACACUUGCGGAUGAAUUUGGAAUCAAAUUUUUUGAAACCAGUGCCAAAGCAAACAUAAAUGUUGAGGAAACAUUCUUUACAUUAGUCAGGUUUUUAUAUACUAACGGAAUGCUAUUAAUUGUUUAA